CCGCCCUCAACGCGGAACCAGCUCGAGCCAACAUGUCUGCUUCUGACAGCGACCACAGACCCGCGAGCCACGUGGUGUUCGACAUGGACGGGCUGCUGCUAGACACGGAGCGUCUGUACACGGUGUCCUUCCAGGAGAUCUGUGAGCGCUUUGGGAAGCAGUACACCUGGGCCCUGAAGGCCACGGUGAUGGGGAAAAAGGCUCUGGAUGGAGCCCGGAUGAUCCGGGACGCUCUGGAGCUUCCCAUGACAGCCGAGGAACUCCUGGCUGAGAGCAGACUGAUACAGGACAGGAUCUUCCCCUCAGCCAAACUCAUGCCAGGUGUGGAGAAGCUGGUGCUCCAUCUGAAGAAGCACAGAAUCCCCAUCGCAGUGGCCACCAGCUCCGCCGGCGCCACCUUCAAGCUGAAGACGAGUCAACACGGAGACUUCUUCGCUCUGUUCGACCACGUCGUUCUGGGCGAUGAUCCCGAGGUGAAGAACAGCAAACCUGAACCCGACUCCUUCCUGGUCUGUGCCCGCAGGUUCAACCCUCCAGCUUCUCCAGAGAAGUGCUUGGUGUUUGAAGACGCUCCCAACGGCGUGAAGGCGGCCCUGGCUGCAGGGAUGCAGGUAGUGAUGAUUCCUGACGACAACCUGGACCCCGGCCUCACCCGGGAAGCCUCGCUGCGACUCGGGAGCAUGGAGAAGUUUGAGCCUCAGCUCUUUGGUCUGCCGGCGUACGACUGAGCCUGAAGACCAAACCCUCAACCUUAACCGUCACCGGGGACAACGGAGACGGUGGGGAUAGAGUGAAUGCACCCUGCAGACCUCGUGUUGUGUGUGGACAUUGAGGAUGGGUUGCUUUCUGUCCCACGAGACGUCACAGCGAUGGACAAACCCCAUCAGCUGUCUCCUUUCUCCCUUUUGAAAGCUCACUCCUUUUCUCAUUACUCACCCCUCCUGUCUGGACAUCGCUUUUUACAUAAUCACCUCCUUAAUGUCUGCUGGACAGAAAUUCCUUUCUGCUGCUAAAUACGUUCAAGUAUAUUUCCCAGACCUGUUCUAUACUUCUAUAUAUAUAUAUAUGUGUCAUGUGCUUGAUGUUGAACACACUGUGGAUCAUUCAGACACUGUCCUUGUUAUCCAUAGUGUUUGAGAGGUCUCUCUCCUCAGUGUAAUCCUGUCCUCACCCUUUCAUAUCCACUCCCAUUCCUCUUCCCUCCAUGGCUUCCUGGCCUUUCAUCCUCAAGGAGGGGGUCGUCUCCUCAGCUCCUCAAAUCACUGUGUAGUUUCCGUUUUCCUCAGUCCUGGCCUAAAACAUGGUUUCUUUCUUUCUUUGUGUGUGCGUUUGCUUUAAAGUGUUAAAAUGGAUGACUGUUUUCAUUUAGAUUCAAAUCACAGGCUGCCUGAAAUAACGCUGGGUUGGAUUCCAAAAGGACUUCAUCCACACGGCGUAACAACAUUCUUUCAGAUGUGCAAUCGUGUUAAGUUUUCAUAAUCAAAUAAAGGAAUCCAUAACACAAACCAAGAGUGUAAUAUUUCUGCAUU